AUGCCUUUAAUUACACCUCCAAGCUCGUACCCAUCUAUUUAUCAAACAAGAGCAAAAAGAUGGGUAAGUAAAACAGAUGAGGAAAAAGAAUUAGAAUAUCUUGAAUAUAAACUUCAAAAAGCUAUUAAAUCUUAUAGAGAAGCUGUUAGACGUACAGAUGCAGCUAUACUUAGGUUGAGACUUUUGGAACAUGAUAGACGUGAUUUGGAAAGAUUAGAAAGAGAGGUAAAGAUAAAAUUUCUUACGAUGAAUUUGAUUGAAAAGUCUAAAAUGGUUAUACUGAUUGAAGUGACUGAUGAAAUCUUUCACACCUUUGUAAAAAUUCGUGGUGAUCCACAGAGGGAAGAACAAUGGAGGAUGGAAGAAGAAUAUGCGAAUGAUAGAAAUAUGCAACUAGAAAUUCAAAGACUUAUGGAACAAAGAGAAAUAGACCUUUCAAGAGGUAAUCCAAUGACUUUUAGAGAAGAAAUGAACCAACAAAGACAUCCAGAUGAUGAAUUUUAUGAUCGUAAUCUUGAACAACAAGAUCAUAAUCUUCAACAACAUGGUAGCGGAGGUGAUCAUCAACUUAGAUCUGAGCAAGAAAGAAUUAAUAGAAUGAAUCAAAAUAUCGCUAAUGAAGUUAGAGAUCAAAGACACUCACAAGGCUAUGAUGAUCAUGGUUCACAUCAUCAUAGAUCUCAACAAGAUAGGAUUGAUGAUAAUAGAAGGAAUUCAAAUAUAAGAUCUGAACAAGAAAGAAUUAAUAGAAUCAAUCAAAAUAUUGAUAAUAAUCUUAGAGAUCAAAAACAAGGAUUUGAUGAUCGUGGUUCACGUCAUCAUACCAAAUCCGAACAAGAAAGAAUUGAUAGAAUUAAACAAAAUAUUGAUGAGAAUCUUAGAGAUCAAAGUUCACGUCAAAGAGGUUGUUCUCGUUCUCCUUCUUGUUGUAGGGUUGGUAACAACAAUUGA